GCGCUGCGGCUGCCGGGUUUGUAGGGGGCCGGGCAGUUGGACUGCCGGCUGAGGCUUGUGACCAUGGAGUGGGGCUCCGAGUCUGGGGCUGUGAGGCGGCACCGCGUCGGAUCUGAACGCCGGGAAGAAUCGGCUGCGGCCACUACACAACCGGAGAGGGAGACGCCGGCGCAGGAGCUCCCGGCGGACGCGCGCGGCAGUGGCACGAGGACGCGGAAAAGGAGCCAGGCGGGCGGCGGCGGCGCGGGGAGCGGGCUGUCGGAGGCGCGCGCCGCGCUGGGGCUCGCGUUCUAUCUUCUAGUGCUCUGGGCGCUCGUGCAGCUUUCGCUGCAGCAGCUCGUGCUGCGCCGGCCUGCUGGUCACCGCGGCGAGUUCAACGCGCGCCAGGCAAGGGAUUAUCUUGAACAUAUUACAGCCGUUGGCCCCAGGACUACUGGAAGUCCAGAAAAUGAAAUUCUGACGGUGCAGUACCUCUUGGAACAGAUUAAACUCAUCGAAGUUCAAAGCAGCAGUCUUCACAAAAUCUCAGUAGAUGUACAGCGGCCCACAGGUUCCUUUAGCAUUGACUUCUUGGGAGGUUUUACAAGCUACUAUGACAAUAUCACCAAUGUUGUAGUAAAACUGGAACCCAGAGGUGGAGCCCAGCAUGCUGUCCUGGCUAACUGCCAUUUUGACUCAGUUCCAAGUUCACCAGGUGCCAGCGACGAUGCGGUUAGUUGUUCAGUGAUGCUGGAAGUCCUUCGAGUCUUAUCAACAUCUUCAGAAGCUUUACAGCAUGCCGUGGUAUUUCUCUUCAAUGGUGCUGAGGAAAAUGUCUUACAAGCCAGUCAUGGUUUCAUUACUCAGCAUCCAUGGGCCAGCUUGAUUCGUGCAUUUAUUAACCUGGAAGCAGCAGGUGUCGGAGGGAAAGAACUUGUGUUCCAAACAGGUCCUGAAAAUCCUUGGUUGAUUCAAGCUUAUGUGUCAGCAGCUAGACAUCCUUUUGCCUCUGUGGUGGCUCAGGAGGUUUUUCAGAGUGGAAUUAUUCCUUCAGAAACCGACUUUCGUAUCUACAGAGAUUUUGGUAACAUUCCAGGAAUAGACUUAGCUUUUAUUGAGAAUGGUUACAUUUAUCACACCAAGUAUGACACAGCAGACAGAAUUCUAACAGACUCCAUUCAGAGAGCAGGUGACAACAUUUUAGCAGUUUUAAAAUACUUAGCUACAUCUGAUAUGCUGGCUUUUUCUUCUGAGUAUCGACAUGGGAAAAUGGUCUUCUUUGAUGUGCUUGGCUUGUUUGUCAUUGCUUACCCGUAUCGUAUUGGCUCAAUAAUAAACUGUAUGGUGGUGAUGGCUGUUGUUUUGUACCUGGGCAAGAAACUGUUGCAGUUCAAACAUAAGACUGUUAACUACACAAAGGACUUCUUGUGUGGAAUUGGCAUAACUUUCAUUAGCUGGUUUACUAGCCUCGUUAUGGUUCUCAUCAUAGCAGUGUUCGUCUCUCUUAUUGGACAGUCUCUGUCAUGGUACAACCACUUCUAUGUCUCCAUUUGUCUGUAUGGAACUGCAGCUGCAGCCAAAAUAAUACUCAUACAUACUCUUGCAAAAAGAUUUUAUUACGUGAAUGCCAGUGACCAGUAUCUGGGAGAAGUGUUUUUUGACGUCUCACUGUUUGUGCAUUGUAGUUUUCUUGUCAUGUUCACUUACCACGGACUUUGCUCAGCGUUCAUUAGUGCUAUCUGGGUAGCAUUUCCUUUGCUCACAAAGUUCUCCAUUCAUAAGGAGUUUAAGCGGCAUGGUGCCCAAGGAAAGUUUGUUGUCUUUUACCUUUUGGGGAUGUUUAUUCCUUAUAUUUAUGGAAUGUACCUCAUCUGGGCAGUAUUUGAGAUGUUUACUCCUAUCCUUGGGAGAAGUGGUUCAGAAAUUCCACCUGAUAUUGUGCUGGCAUCCAUUUUGGCUGUUUGUACAAUGAUGCUGUCUUCCUAUUUUGUGAACUUCAUCUACCUUGCCAGAAGCACAAAAAAAACCAUGCUAACUCUAACUUUGGUAUGUACAGUUACAUUCCUCCUUGUUUGCAGUGGAACCUUUUUCCCAUACAGCUCCAAUCCUGCUAAUCCAAAGCCAAAGAGAAUGAUUCUUCAGCAUAUGACUAGAACGUUUCAUGACUUAGAAGGAAACAUAGUUAAAAGGGACUCUGGAAUAUGGAUCAAUGGAUUUGAUUAUACUGGAUUGUCUCACAUAACACCUCACAUUCCUGAGAUCAAUGAUACUGUUCGAGCGCACUGUGAGGAGAAUGCACCUCUUUGUGGGUUCCCAUGGUAUCUUCCAGUGCAUUUUCUAAUCAGGAAAAACUGGUAUCUUCCUGCUCCAGAUGUUUCUCCAAGAAAUCCUGCUCGCUUCAGACUUAUAUCGAAAGAACAGACACCUUGGGACUCUACAAAGUUGACCUUUGAAGCAACAGGACCAAGCCAUAUGUCAGUCUAUGUUCGAGCCCACAAAGGAUCGACACUUUCUCAUUGGUCUCUUGGUAAUGGCACCCCAGUCACAUGUAAAGGAGGAGACUAUUUUGUAUUUUAUUCCCAUGGUCUCCAAGCCUCUGCAUGGAAGUUCUGGAUAGAAGUGCAGCAGGUCUCAGGAGAACAGCCUGAAGGGGGAAUGGUCACUGUGGCCGUUGCUGCCCACUAUCAUUCUGGAGAAGACAACAGAUCCUCCCACCUGGAUGUUCUGAUGGAGAAGUUGCCAGAUUGGGUAUUUCCCAUUGCCUGGGUGUGCACCUACAGUCUCUUUGUGUUUUAAUCUUGUGGAUGAGCUCUAAGUACACGCCCAGUGCAUACUCCAUGUGAUAGUUUCACCCCUUUACAUGGAUAUUUGUCAUGUAAGUGAAUGAAUUUUAAUGAGCAUAUUUUCAGAGACCUUGCUCUGUGAGGUCAAACUGUGGGUUAAACUGUGGAACAGUGAGGCCUGGCCUUGUUGACACUUGAAAAUGCCAAGUUUUUGGCAUGUAAGCACUUGUGGGUACUGCCAUUGCACACCAUGGCAUGUCAUUUUAUAUGACCUUAAAGAUAAAAGCCAAUAAACCGCUUUUAUAGCUCUCCCUCUAAAAUCAAGACCAGUGACUAUAAACCUUCUAGACGUUUCAGUGACAACAGUCUGCUGCUGCACACAUGCCAUAGGUUCACCAUGACUGAUGUAGACUGUCAGACCACUACUGAGGCAAAUAAUUUCCAAUUAAAGCCCAAAAUCAUUUGUUGUGUCAGUGGAUGGCAGGUAAAACACAUUUGCUGGGGUAGGAUUCCCUUUGAGAUACAGCUUCUAGUUCACUGGAAAGUGAUUGCUCUGUGGACCUUUGAGGCCCUAACAUCUUCAAUACCACUUCAAGCACUCUAGCAGUGGUAUCAGACCUAUGGCAUGUGUGUCUUUGCCGACUGUUUAUUAUUGAAAGCUCAAAAAGGCUUGCCAAUGCUGCUCUAGAGUAUGCUUUGUGUCUGUCCCAAAACUUGGACCCCCAAUGGAGAGCCAGGUCUUAGCGUAAUAACUGACAGUUUAUCACUGAGAGCCAUUGCUGUGCUGCUCUCCUGAGGUUUCCCCCUGAAAAAUUUUGUUUUUUACUUUGUCAGUUUGAGAAAGGGAACAUUUAUUUGUUCAGCUACAUUUCCCUCUGGGUUUUACAGGUUCUUUUGAUCAGAAAAUUGUGCGAGUAAAUAAUCUGAAGUUCUUUUCUCAGAGUUGCCAGCAUAGCCAUUCUGGGGUGGGAGAGGAAUGUGAGGGUAACAGGGAUGGACAACUGAUGCAUUUUAUGUAUUUUUUUCUUUUCGUUUCAUGGCAAUUUUCUGUUAUAUACGCUUAAUUAAUCCUUAGGGCAUACUUUUAUUUGAUGUACCUGGUCCCUCUUUUUUCUAGCCAGCUUUUUUUGGAUAACUGUCCAGUGGGACCAGCCUUCCUGAGACUUGAGGUUGUGGCCUAUAGCUGUUAGCAUCCAUGUCUUGUAAAAUGGCAGGAAUUAGGACUUGAAGGUGCUUUUUCAUCGUUAAUAUGGGGGGCAUAGCUUGUAUCAUAACUGCACCUCUUUUUGGCUUUUAGGUUCCAACAGUGAUAGGAUUUGGUGAGAUUAGUGGUAAAUUAGGCUAAAGUUUUUCCCACAAUGAAAUAUAAAAAGUUUGAAAAAUUUUGAGCUUGUAUUAUAGGCCCUAGUUUUUUGUUUCCAUAUCACCUGAGAAGUCUACUUUAAGAAAAAAGAGGAAUGCUUCUUAAAAAAGAGGCUCUCAGAUCUGUUUGAUGCAACAGCAUAAUUGGGCAUCAAAGGAGAAAAUGUUCCUAAAACUACUUGUCUGACAAAAGCUGGAUAUAACAUUUUGCAUUCUGCUGUCAUCUCUCAGAACUGAGAUUUUACAAUGGAGGCACUGUUUUCCUGGACUUUUGUAGAAACCGUAUUUUAUCCCUCUCAUGUACUUCAAGUUUCUGGCUACAUAAUGUAUCAGUAUUGUAACAGAUACGCUUUGUAGGGUUUAUAGUUUAUACAGAAUCAGAGUUUUGGAGAAAAGUAACAGUACUAGUGUGUCAACAUGUAUUGUCCUUGUGAUUAAUCUGAAAUAGAUUAGUAAACAUUUACAGAAAAAGUAAAGCACCAUGUUGGAAAAAUAUGAAAAACAAGUUGCUUUCCUUUGGGAAGAAAGUCAUUUCAGCAAUAAUCAUGGUUUUCUUUUUUCCCUUUGGUUAUAUGCCUGUGCAAAAUGAUUCUGUUGAUUAGUGAAAUAAUUCUGUUGAAUAGCAUUAUGAAGCUUUGAUAUUUUGCAAAGCUAGCAAUAAGAUGAUCACUUUGUCUUAUGGCAUGCUUAGGAUCUGGGAGGUUAUUUUAAUGUCAAAAAUGGCCAGGUAAUUACAUGUAGUAUUCAUAGCUCUGUAAUAAGCACACAAUAUGUCACAGUGGUCUCUGAGAUUAAACCUGUUAGGUCCUACCCUUUUGACCACUUACCCCAAUUACGUACUGUUUUUUUGGUGGUUUUUUUCCCCUUUUUUCUUUUUUUGGGUACCAAUAAUUGAACUCAGGGCCUCACGCCUGUGAGGCAGAUGCUACUGAGCUACAUUCCUGGCCCUCAGUCCAAUUAUUUAAAUAUAAGAUGACCAAAAAUUGCAUAUUUUUAAUUUUUAUAACAGGAAAUAUAAAAAUGACAAUUUUAUCAAAUUUAUUCAAUGCAAGAAUUGACUGAUUGGAAUGAUACCUCCCAAGCAACACUCAGCAUAAUACAUGCUGCCCAAGUGACAUGUGGGGUACACUAUUAAGUAUGAUCAUUUGACCACUUGAAUAACUAACUUCUCAGUCAUUUCAGACUCUAAUAAACAGAGUUAAAGUCUGUAGAAAAUAAUGUAGGUAGCACAGUACUACAUAUUCAGGGAAAGUGUGAAGAACUGUCAUUUCAGAGUAAUUCUUAUGUUUAAAAGUGAUUGUUGCAUGGAGUAUUUCCAUAAUUUAGCAGAUAUUAUUAAACGUGGCAGGAUUCACUAAUAUAUUACAAACCAAGGGAGCUACUCAGACUGCUAACGGAAGCGUGAAUGUCUGUUUCAUUAGUUUGCUGAACUUGUUUAGGACUGUUGCCUUAUAAUAUUACUGAAAUAAAGUUCAUAUACUGGUUGGUAUCUGUUAAAAAAUCUUUAACUGCUUAUGUUUUAUCCCCAUAUUCCAAGUCUACACAGCCUUAUUUGUAUCGUUUAACAAGUGAUAUGAACAAAAAACUGAACAUGGAAAUGUUUCCAUCAGUUUGAAUCAUUUUUGACCUUGAAUAAAUUAUGCACCUCAAUUUUAUAGAAAUUAAAACAACUUACUUCAUAA